AUGCACCCCGCAGAGAGGUUCGUCGGAUCAAUCGACCAGGGCACGACCAGCACCCGCUUCCUGAUCUUCAAUCGCGACGGAGAACCAGUCGCAUCCAACCAGGUGGAGUUCCGCCAGAUCUACCCGCACCCAGGCUGGCACGAGCACGACCCCCUCGAACUCGUCACCUCCGUGGAAACCUGCAUCGAAACCGCCGUGCGCGAUUUCGAAGCCCAAGGCCAUGCCCGCACCAGCAUCGCCUGCGUCGGCAUCACCAACCAGCGCGAAACAACCGUUGUCUGGGACCACGAGACGGGGGAACCGCUCCACAAUGCCAUUGUCUGGACCGACACACGCUCACAGACCAUCGUCACCGAGCUGAAGCAGCGCCCCGGGGCUGCGGCCCUCCAGUCCCUCUGCGGCCUCCCGCUAUCGACCUACUCGUCCGCGACAAAGCUGCUCUGGAUGCUAGCCCAUGUCCCGAAAGUGAAGGCUGCAUUCGACCGCGGCACGCUGGCGUUUGGGACCGUCGAUGCCUGGCUGGUGUACCGUUUGAACGGCGGUGCCGCGGCCAACGUGUUUGUCUCGGAUUCGACAAACGCCUCGCGCACCAUGUUUGUCAACCUCGAGUCGUUGGCGUACGACGAUACUCUGCUCGAUUUCUUCGGCAUCAAGGGCAAGGUCCACCUGCCGCGCAUCGUGCCCUCGAGUGACCCGCGUGCUUACGGCACGAUUGCGAGCGGGGCCCUGGCGGAGAUCCCGAUUACGGGAUGUCUGGGGGAUCAGUCGUCGGCGCUGGUGGGGCAGAAGGGGUUCUCACCGGGGAUGGCGAAGAAUACCUAUGGGACAGGGUGCUUCUUGCUGUAUAAUGUGGGCGAGAAGCCUGUCAUUUCGAAGCAUGGUCUGUUGGCGACGGUUGCGUAUGACUUUGGCGGGAAGCCGGUUUAUGCGCUGGAGGGGAAUAUCGCCGUGGCGGGGUCUGGGGUCAAGUUCUUGCAAAACAAUUUGGAUUUCUUCCAGGAUUCGACGGAGGUGAAUGACCUGGCAUUGUCGGUGGAGGAUAACGGUGGUUGUAUCUUUGUGACCGCUUUCAGUGGGCUGUUUGCUCCUUACUGGAUUGACGACGCUAAGGGGACUCUUUUUGGCAUAACCCAGUAUACGCAGAAAGGCCAUAUUGCGCGUGCAACGCUUGAAGCCGCCUGCUUCCAGACCAAAGCCAUUCUUGACGCAAUGGAGAAAGACAGCGGCAAAGCCCUCUCCGAGCUAGCAGUCGACGGGGGUAUGAGUAACUCAGACCUGGCCAUGCAGACACAAGCUGAUCUCAUUUCCAUCCCCGUCUACCGUCCCCAGAUGCGUGAAACCACCGCCCUAGGCGCCGCAAUCGCCGCCGGCCUUGCCGUCGGCAUAUGGCGCAACUUCGCCGAGCUACGAGACAUCAAUCGCGCUGGCGGCGCCGUCUUCGAGCCCCAAGCGACCCGCGAAGAAAGCGCAGCCAAAUUUGGUGAAUGGGAGAAGGCUGUCCGAAUGAGCAGGGGCUGGGUUGGAUCGGACAAUACCAAAAACCACGAGACGAAGUCCGAACCCCCCGAACCCAAGACGAACGGAACGCCUGCAGCACCAAUAGAGAAGCGUGAUGUUACUGUCCCCCGGGCGGCGCCUAGACAGAGCCAAUCUCCUCGAGUAUCGGAGCUCGUUACGAGCGGCAGUCUCGGUGCGACAUUGAAUAUCACGACGCGGACGCUGACUAGUGAUGCGGAACUUCCGCCGGCAAAGACGCCGGUUAUUAGUAUCUCUGGGGAUUUGAACGAUGCUGAUGAGGAGGAUCUGUUCUUGGAGUUGAGAAAGGUGGAGAUUCUGCAGAAGCUUAAGAAGCUACGAAAGCUGAAGUUGAGCUAUUAUUAG